GUACAGGUGAUUGAACCCAGGGCCUUCACCCUGAUCUACCUCUUCAGCCUGCUGACCGACUGAUCGUCAGGAUCUCAUCAUCCUGUCCACAGUCGGUUACAACUUGAGAUCCUCCUACCUCCUACCCGGCACGAUAUGGCAUUCUGAUGGGUACAAAGCACUGAAUCAACCGCAGCAUUAAGAAACCUGAAUCCCAAUCCCGAGGAGGGCGUGGCGACAGGAGCCCGGGACGCUGGGGACGCCGUGCACGAGUCCGUGACACACUUCCGGCGCGACGCCUUCCCUCCACGCCGGGACCGGGGUGUGGGGGAGGGAGGCGGUUAGUGGGCUUUAGCGCCUUUUCCGACGGCGGUAGAUUUGAAGCGCCUGGAAGGCCUAGGCCCAGAGAAGGGGACGUUCCAGUGGCACAGAUUGAAGUUUUGGAACCAUGGGAAUAAAGGUUCAGCGUCCUCGAUGUUUUUUUGAUAUUGCCAUUAACAAUCAACCUGCUGGAAGAGUGGUCUUUGAAUUGUUUUCUGAUGUUUGCCCCAAAACAUGCGAGAACUUUCGUUGUCUUUGUACAGGAGAAAAGGGGACAGGGAAAUCAACCCAGAAGCCAUUACACUAUAAGAGUUGUCUUUUUCACAGAGUUGUUAAAGAUUUUAUGGUUCAGGGUGGUGACUUCAGUGAAGGAAAUGGACGAGGAGGAGAGUCUAUUUAUGGAGGAUUUUUUGAAGAUGAGAGUUUUGCUGUUAAACACAACAAAGAAUUUCUUUUGUCAAUGGCCAAUAGGGGGAAAGACACAAAUGGAUCACAGUUCUUCAUAACAACGAAACCAACUCCUCAUUUAGAUGGGCAUCAUGUUGUUUUUGGACAAGUGAUCUCUGGUCAAGAAGUUGUAAGAGAGAUAGAAAACCAGAAAACAGACGCAGCUAGUAAACCAUUUGCUGAGGUACGGAUACUCAGCUGUGGAGAGCUGAUCCCAAAAUCUAAAGUUAAAAAAGAAGAAAAAAAAAGGCAUAAGUCAUCCUCCUCUUCCUCCUCCUCGUCCAGUGGUUCAGAUAGCUCCAGUGACUCUCAGUCUUCUGAUUCUUCUGAUUCUGAAAGUGCUUCUGAAGAGAAAUCAAAAAAAAGAAAAAAGAAACACAGAAAAAAUUCCCGAAAACACAAGAAAGAAAAGAAGAAGAGAAAGAAAAGCAAGAAAAGUGUAUCUAGUGAAAGUGAGGCUGAAAAUCUUGAAGCACAGCCUCAGUCUACUGUCCGUCCAGAAGAGAUCCCUCCUAUACCAGAAAAUAGAUUCCUCAUGAGAAAAAGUCCUCCCAAAGCUGAUGAGAAAGAACGGAAAAACAGAGAGAGGGAACGAGAGAGAGAGUGUAAUGCACCUAACUCCCAGCCUGCUUCAUACCAGCGACGACUCUUAGUUACUAGAUCCGGCAGGAAAAUUAAAGGAAGAGGACCAAGGCGUUAUCGAACUCCUUCCAGAUCCAGAUCAAGGGAUCGUUUCCGACGUAGCGAGACUCCUCCACAUUGGAGGCAAGAGAUGCAGAGAGCGCAGCGAAUGAGGGUGUCAAGUGGUGAAAGAUGGAUCAAAGGGGAUAAGAGUGAAUUGAAUGAAAUGAAAGAAAAUCAAAGGAGCCCAAUUAGAGUAAAGGAGAGAAAAAUAACUGAUCACAGACAUGUGUCUGAAAGUCCCAAUAGAAAAAAUGAAAAGGAAAAGAAAGUUAAAGAGCAUAAAUCUGACAGCAGAGAGAGAGAAAUCAGAAGAAAUUCAGAAAAAGAAGAUAAAUAUAAUAAAAACAAAGUGAAGAAAAGGGCCAAAUCUAAAAGUAGGAGUAAGAGCAAAGAAAAAUCAAAGAGUAAGGAAAGAGAUUCAAAACACAACAGACAUGAAGAAAAGAGAUUGAGGUCAAAGAGUAAAGAAAGGGAUCAUGAGAAUGUUAAAGACAAAGAAAAGCAACCUGAUUCUAAAGGAAAAGAUCAGAAAAGGAGUAGAAGUAAAGAGAAGUCUAAGCAACUAGAAUCAAAAAGUGAUGAGCAUGAUCAUAGUAAAAGUAAAGAAAAGGAUAGACGUGCACAGUCCCGGAGUAGAGAACGUGACGUGACUAAAGGUAAACACAGUUACAAUAGCAGAACCAGAGAACGGAGCAGAAGUAGGGACCGCAGCAGAAGAGCACGAUCCAGGAGCCAUGACAGAGAUCGCAGCAGAAGCAAAGAAUACCACAGGUACAGAGAGGAGUACAGGAGAAGAGGGCGAUCACGAAGCCGAGAUAGAAGAGGGACACCGGGAAGAUCGAGGAGUAAAGAGAGGAGGAGGAGGAGGAGAGAGUCUCGGAGCUCGGAGAGAGAGGAAAGUCAGAGCAGAAACAAGGAAAAACAUAGAAGCCAGGAAAGCAGGAGCUCACACAGAAAAGAAAACUCUGAGAGUGAAAAAAGAAUGUACUCUAAAAAUCGUGAUCAUAACAGCUCAAGUAGUAACAGGGAGAAAAAGGCUGAUAGAGAUCAAAGUCCAUAUUCUAAAAUAAAGCAAAGCAGCCAAGACAGUGAGAAGUCCUCCACAUCAAAGAAUAAGGAGGAUGAGAAGGAGGAUGAGAAGACCAGAUCCUCAGUGGAAAACGAAAACCAAAAAUCAAAGGCUCAAGAAAAUGACCAUGUACAUGAUAAAAACAAAAAAUUUGAUCAUGAAUCAAGCCCUGGAACAGAUGAAGACAAAAGUGGAUGAGUGAGUUGUGUAAAUUUAUUUCCUUUCUGUCUCAAAAUUUAAGUUUUAGAGACUUGGCUGGUGAAUAUCCUUUAUGUUGUUUUCAUUGUUUUUGUUUUUUUUUUUUUGUUUUGUUUUUUUUAUGUCUCUUUUUGUUUUUGUUUUUUAAUGUGGACUUCAUUGAGUUGAUCUUUUGAUAAUCUGCAACCUGGAUAAUUUGUACUGGAUAAAUUUGUACUGCUAAAGUUUUAAUAAACUUGAAAUGAGAAAAACAUUUUGGUGUAACACUGUGUGCUGUGUUGAACUAUUUUAUGUAUACAUUUUUGUGUUGCAACGGUCAGCCAGCAGCAUCCUAAUUUGUUUAAUCAGUCAUUUGAAACAAGCAUAACUGAUGGUUGCACUUGUUAUGAAAGCUUGUGUUUCUUGCAGUUAACAUAACUAGGCACCGCUAGAGCAAAUUUUGUGUAGAUUUUGAUUGAAUUUAUAAUGCAGGCCUGUAGCAAUUUAAUUACACAGAAAUAGGGUCCUGAUAAUUUGAGAUCUUAAGUCAUCACUUUUGAUUUUAUAGUUACUUGUACUUUUAGAUGAAAAUUUAUUUAGUUAUCGAUCUUGUGUUUCAUACCUUCAUAAUAUUUUUCUAAUUUGUUUUAUUUGCAUGUCUAUAAAAAUGUUACAAGAAUUUUUUCAGUUAAUGUGCUGAUUGAACUUGAAUUGCUGUUACACAGCAUUUUAUAGGAAGAUCAGAGUGUAAUUCUCAGUUUUUGUUGGUUUUGGUCUGAAGAGUUGAAAUUACUGCUUAAUGAGAACAUUAUUUUAUUAUUUUUACUUUCUUUUCCUAAAAUAAAAAAAUUCUUAAUAAAGCAUACAACUUCUCCCAGUCCUUAAGCUAGACAGAUUCUAAAAAGUGUUAGUGUUAAUACAUUAACUUCUAAGAUUUCUCUUUUUUGGCCACCAACCUGUAUAGCAUUAAGUGUUAAUUCUGCAUGGUUUUUGUUUUUGUUUUUGUUUUUGUUUUUUGAAACUUGAAGUAUCUUUUCUCUCCUAGCUGUGAGUAUCAAAUGGCCAAAACAAGAAAAAAAGAACAAAACAA